AUGAGUAGUGAUGAGCAACUCAAAAGAUCACGCGGAGGGUAUGCAUGGCUUGUAAGAGCAAAUGUAGAUGGUGUCAGGCCACACUUGAUUGACGCUCGAAACUGUUUGAAUUCUAACUGGUUAAGAUUCGUUAAUUGCGCCAGAUUCGAUGAGGAGCAAAACCUCGUGACAGUUCAAUAUAGGGGGAAGAUAUACUACAGAGCAUGCAAAGAUAUUCCGAAAUUUCAGGAGCUUCUGACGUACUACGGAAAGGAG